ACAGCGGCAUGUUAAGAAAGUCAGCCUCUUAUUUGUUCUCCCUCUGCCCCCUGCAGACUCCUGCAGCCAUGGCUGAGGAAAGCCGCCUCUCUCAUCAGAUCCAGAGCGUGGAGAGGAGCGUGGUGUUCCUCAGGCAGGAGCACCUCACUCUGCUCCACGGCCUCCACCUGGAGAUCCUCUCCCUGCAGAAACGCUGCUCAGAGCUGACGAGUGAGAGGAAAUCGAAGCCUCCAGGCAGGACGCAGAUAGAGUUACUGGAGGAAGAGGAGAUGCUGGAGGCCCGCUGCAAGGAGCUGGAAACGCGACUGGACGAGCAAGAGUACACUCUGGGAGAGCUCCGGAAGGAGCUGGGUCACAAAGGAGCGCUGGUGGGAGCCCUCAGGGCCAACCUCAAGGAAAAGGAGCGUCACUUCCUGGAGGAACUGAAACGGCGCAGCCACUGCUCCACUGUCCUGAACACGGAGCUUCAGAAGCAGACGGAGGCGGCGGCGUACCUCUCCUUCCAGCUGCACGCCGCCAAGCAGAAGCUGCACCACCAGAGGAUGCAGCAGAGGCAGGGACUCCUGGCCAGGGCCAGCAGCCAGGGGGUCCAGCUGGGAGCCGAGCAGAACUCCUCCCCCCUCGCCGGAGCCUCCCCGUCCUCUCCUGUGGUCAAACCCAAGCGUAAGAACAUCAGGGUGUCUUCCAGAGUGGAGCGCGCUCGGGAGUGCGUCCCCAUAGAGAAGGUGCUGGGCCCCGCGGAGCCCACAGCCAUGCCGGACCCGGCGCUCUUCCUGCAGCCUCGCAGGCACAGAGCCCGCUCCAGACACACUGUGGCACAAAGACAGCCUCCUCUGGGCCUGGAGAGGGAUGGCCAGGAGGAAGGAGGCGGGGAGGGAGCGGUGGAGGUCCACGAUGAAGCAGCCAGACUGAUGUCUUCAGCAGCAGCGCCCCCUGCUGCUCAGACCAACGCAGAUUAGCGUCUGAGCAUCUCUGCUUUCACCCGACAGAGCGACCGCUGUAUGCUAUCUUCCAUCAGACUGUUAAUACUAUUACCUUUUGCUCUGCACCUUGACUGAAUUAUUACUGAGACUGGGUUUAGCUAUUUAAUUACCAUACACCUACUGCUAAUACUUUUAUAAUAAUCUUUAAUAUAAUCCUAAAAUAACUUGCAUAGCAAACGUCGGUGAGUGUCACGACUUAGGUUUACACUGCUGUUAGAUGCUCUGCGUUCUGCGGAGCCUUAAUUUUGAAGCUUUGAUUUGUAAAGACGGUGAGUUUGACCUCGGCCCAGUCAACUGAGAUCUUCCAAGGCCGACUGUAAAUCAGGCUGCGUGUCCAAGUGUCGGUGUCCUCCGACUGAGUCGCAGCUGAAAAUACCUGAGUGGGAGCAGAGCGUGUGUGUGUGUGUGUGUGUGUGUGUGUGUGUGUGUGUGUGUGUGUGUGUGUGUGUGUGUGUGUGUGUGUGUUUUAAUCACAAUGAGCAGAAUAUAGAAUGUGGAAAAUGAGUUUGUAAUUAUUUUAGAAAUUGUAAGGCCUUUUUCUUAGCAGACUCUACUGCAUAUUCAGAUUUACAACUCUGUUUCCCAUUUAUUCAUGAAGGAGAAAGACAGUUGUUAAAACAAUGAGCUCUACAGUAAUUGUCUACAACAUAGCAGAAGUGAACGGAAACAGCUGAAAGUCUAACUAUUCUCCAAAGUACCGGCUCACGUUUUACUUCUCAUGUAUCACUACAGUGACGUAAUUGUCAACAGGCUAGUCUGGAGACUCAAAUGUCUAGAGUUUUCUCUCAACACAAAAACUUGUCUGAGUUUUAAAAUAAUCACUUCAAACUUCUCAGGUGGUGUUGAAAGGGCUGGUAAAAUGCUAACAUGGAAUCUGUCACUAAUUUGGCUCAGACACUGGGGAAAAAAAGAACUGCGGUUUCAGAUCAUUUUUUGUACCAGCAUAAGACGGAUGAAAAGUAAAAACCACUGAAUUUCCAAUAUCCCUAUUAUUUCAAAACAUGUCUAUAGCGUGUUAGACUUGCUUUAGGUAAAAUUGUUUGUCUCUUGAGUUUCCCUUCUAGUUUUUCAUCCACAGACAAAUGAUCGCUUGAAGAAAACAAUUUUAGAAAACAAAAAGAAUCGGAUGUAGUUCAAAUCUAUGCAAACAUUUAAAAUAACAAAAGUUACUCUUCCAUCUUUAAUAAUAAUUUCUUGCUAUUGAAAAUACUUCAGUUGUGAAGAUUCAAAGCUGAACUUGUGCCUCAGUGCCUGUCUUGACGAUCUUCAGGGUUUUUCUUUGGGUUGAAACUUCACAGAACAAGGCCGCAUUCAGGUAACUCUCGGCUGUGACUCGUUGGACUGUGAGAUCUGGGUCAGUUUUCCCCUUCGCCAUGUUGCCGUGGUAACCCAAACUCAAAGGUGCCCACCAAGGGACAACUACAGAGGGCCACCGCGAUAAGCUUAAUUUGGUCAGACAGUUUUAUGCAUCACAUAUUUUAUAAAUAUGAAUAUUGAAAAAGGACUUUUACGCAUAUUUAUGUCAUUAAUGUCUUUUUUUUUUUUUUUUUUUGGAGUUCAUCAAGAUUAUUUGCAGCCACCUUUGAAUGUUUCUGCCCAACCCCCUUCAGUUUUCACAUCUAUUUACAAAUCAUUUGGUACCCACGCCCUUAGCUAGUUUUAUUUAAUUUAAUAUGUGUUACUAGUGUUCCUGAAUCAUAAAAAUAUUCGGUAACACUUUAUUUGAAGGUGUGUGCAUAAGACUGGCAUGACACUGUCAUACAUGGCAUAACAUCUGUCAUCAACAAGAAGGAGUCUUCAUGAAUGUUUAUGAAUGUUGUCAUUCAGUAAAUGAUGACACUUUUAAUGCAAAGUUGACGAUUUUAAUGAACUUUUAAUGGAAAUUUUAAUAGAACUUUGCAUUAAAAUGGUUAUUAUUGACCAAAUAAUGCUAAGUUUACACUUUUAAUGGACUUUUAAUGCAACUUUUAGUGCAACUUUGCCUUAAAGGUGUCAUUAUUUACCGAAUGACACUUCAUGACAACAGUUGUAAACAUUCAUGAAGACUUCUUCACGUUUAUGUAUAUGACAGUGCCAUGCAACACUUCAAAUAAAGUGUUAAAAAUAUUCAAAGCUAAAUUUUAUUUGAUUUUGUAUCUUUUUGUGUCCUUUUUUGCAUUACAGCAAAUUUCCAUUGAGUGUGGUUCUGAUUUCCAUUUGAUCCAGUCAAAUAAGACCAAUCCUAUGAUCAUGGCCAAUAAUCUAACAGAAAAAAAAAAAGCCUGUGCGACCUUUGUUUAUAUGAUUCAUUGAAGUCGUAUAAACAAACUCCGCUGCAGCCGACAUGAACAGAACCACUUUAAAUGAUUAACUGAACCAAACAACCUGCAUGAAACGGCGAAGGGGCGAAGCGACCAGCGGCCCAGUCUUCCUCAGGUGUGGCUUGUCUCCUGAACUGCGACUUCAUCUGUUGCUUUGUUGUGUUGGAGUUUCUUUUGACCUCAGGAGAACAAACAAGCAAACAAACAAAAGAGUUUCAUCUUUAAGGAGUCUGUACAUUUUAAUGGCUGGUUUUACUCAUUUGUGUCUCUUUAAUGUUAAAAAUCUUCACAAAGACUGUAAAUAUCCAGAAAGACGGGAGUCAUCUCUCUCUGGAAAUCAGAAGGUGAUGACCUCUGGUGUUAACACCACUAAAAUCUAAAUUAAAUUUAAACUUUUUUGUUAUGUCUUUUAGGAAAGUUUUUUUUUCUGCUGACUGUACGAAGGCAAUCUCUAAAAAGUAACUACUUCUCUGUAGUUGCAGCCUUAUAGCAGGUGAUUUGUGCACGACGAAAUAAGCAGGGCAGGGUGGAAAUUUCUUCUCUCCGUUUGGGAUUUAUAGAUAUAUAUCAUUUUACUGUGUGUAAUUCUCAGUGUCUGCUCUGAAUUUUCUGUUAUUGACGUCAAACGUGAUUUUGCUGCUGUUCUGAUUUGCUUCCUUCCUAAUCUCCCAGCUAAAUAUUUAGCACUACAUAUACAACAAUAUGUUAAUAGAUGAUUGAUUAUUUGUAUUUAUAUUUAAGGUUACAUAUUCUAAAAAGAGCUAAAGAGGAAUUACCUUUAUAUUUUGUGAUAAUCUAACCUUCUGAGUUUGGUUUGUAAUUUUGUCUGAUAGAUUUGUUUCUUUGCUUCCACUCCUUAAGCAAAUAGGAAUAUUAUUGCAUCCCUUUAUGGACUGUCUUAGUUGAAAUGAAUUAUUUUGCUAAAUAUCUUAGCCCACCCUCUGGUUGUUAUUUUGUUUUUCCAAGACAGCUGUUGCACUGAAAAUAGGACAUGCGGACGUUCGACUGUUAGACUCCCUUACUGCAACAUUUUUCUUCUACAUCAUCUAGUUUGGAACAAAGUAAUCUCAACACAUUUUAAAAUCUAUUUUUUUUUCCUUUAAUAUUCCAGCUGCAGUGACUCAUCCAAGCCUGGAUUGUUCAUUUCCAACUUUUUACAACAUAUUAAGAGAAAUCUCAGCUGACGGAAGAAUAAAAAUCAUAAUUUAAAGAUUUACUCUGUUUAUUAGACAGAAAGAAGGAAGCAGCAAUGCUUCUAUACUUUCUCAUUGUUUAGGUCUAAAGUUGAUUUUUCUGGACUGCAUUUAUUUACCUCCAUCAAGCCACUUCUUGGACAUGUUUUCUUGAUUAUUUCUAGCAAUAAUGCUGUGUGGGACUCGACAUGGGAUGAAGAAAGGUGUCCCUUAAGGUUCUUGUCUUGGUUUGGCCUGAGGCUGAGCAUGAGAUGCUGAUUACCGCAUAUACUGUGCUGGCAACCUACAGUGAAACUGUACCAAAAAUGGAAUAAAAUAGGGGACUGCUGAGUGUGCCGAAUACUUUGUUGUUGAAAGUUAAUCUGAGACAAUUAAAGAGAAAUUUUGCAAGUGUA